GAUAACAUAGUUUUGCGAUAGAAUAGUCGAGUAUUUUUAGGCUGCGUUCCGAUAUUCACUGCCAGUACUAAGAAUUUACAUUAUAUGUAACUAGAAUUAGGAAUUCACCCAUUAGAUACUGAUAGUGCAAAUCAGAACGCAGCCUUGGAAGUAAUAUAAACAAUUGAAUAUGGAGGACUUAAAGGCGUUCUACAAUGCUCCCUGAAAUCAUGGACAAGUCGCAACGCAACGUCAUGAAAAAGUCAAAUUAUAUCGUCCUAUUUAAGAUAUCAAAUGAUUAUUUUUUGACGUCCUGAUCCGUCUUGGCUUUACGUUCUGUACGGGAAAGUCGACCGAUGACACGGUUCCACCGUCGUCGUAUACGUUGUCGCCGAAGACGGCGCACGAGAGCUCAAAGUUCCGUUAUUUUCCAAUCAAUCUCGCCGGAGUCAAUUGGCCGGAGUCAACGUGAGCGGAAACUAGUCCGUCGAGUAAGCCGAUCGUGAAGCGCGUCGGUUCUCGUUACGAAAGCGCAUAUGUAACGAGAUCUACACGCGUGCGUACACAAUCGAAACGCGACGCGACUUUAGGUAACUUUGUGUCUUCACUUUCCCACGACUCACUCGUGGGGUUCAAGAGGAAAUCAGCCCAGCGGAAAUCACGGAAAUUGGAAAUCACGGAGUCUUAAUUGCGCUUAUCUCCGGAGCGGCGUUAUCUUCCAAAUUCUACGGUCGUUCAGACGAUUCUCCAGUGUGCGUUAUCGCUAUAUAAAUUUGAACGUCGCUCGCGACGACCGUUCAGUUGGGACGAUAAUGACAUGUUAUUGAAUAGUUCAAGACGCGCGCGUACAAUUAUAACCGAUAAUGCGCGAACGCGGAGGAAACCGUUGUUUGAGAAGCAGAUUAAGUACCACGGCGAGUUCAGCAAAACACUCGAUGAUUACUUCCUCCUCCUCCUCGGGUUCUCCUACGUAAUUACUCGGCGCGUGAAGCACGACGGGAGCAAUCUCGACGGCUAACAGCGGAUUAAUCGACGUUACCGACGGUCAGGCGAGCGAGCACGAGAUAACGUCGACGGACGAUACGCGAGUGCAUUUCCACCUCGUUAUAAAAAUAGUCGUCUUUUAUAUUUAGUACGGCCAUGACGAGACGGCUAUUCUUUCUCUCCGUCUCGGACAUUCGCGAGGAGACGACUGGAAAACUUCCGAGAAUGCACGCACGUUUCCCGCUAAUCGGCGAUCGAUAAGAGAGCGGGAGUUUUCCAAAGGGCUUUUUUUUUCGUCCACCGGAAAAGCGACUUCGACUUCCCGCCGAGAAGUCCCGGUAAUUUCCUUUCCUGCGGAUCGACCUGCUCGCGUGUCCUCUACGACGUUCUCGCAGAGUUUCGGUUUCUCAACCGUGACGUCAACACAGCCGGAGAGAAUCGCUUUCUUCGUUAAUUGCUGAAAAUUUACCGGCAAUUGACACUCCAAUUGGGACCUUGACCAUCUCCGUUCAUGGGAGAACCCGGCGGGUCACCUUCCUCGAUUAUACGCGAUGUAGUUGUUUUCACAUUUGUUGACUGCGUCGAACGCGUGCUUGAACGGCGCCAAAAAUUCGACCUUUCUAUUUUUAUGAAAUAUUUCGAGUGACGGCGUUGCAUGCGAGAUGACGAGGAGCGAAUUUCGUUAGCCCGCAUACGAGAAUUCGAUCGCGGCAAUUUGACGAAUAGAGAUCUCCGGAUCCACGUCCCAGCAGAGAUUCGCUUCAAGUUUGUUCGUGCGUGAGAAACGUCCGUUGCCGGAAACUCUGCCAAGAACUACUUCAUUGUUCUCGAUGGUCAUCCGGGGCGAGCCUUGCACGGAGUACGGAUGUCCGGGACGACCGACGUACGAGCCCUUUGUCCCUGCGCCCCCAGGACUUACCCCCAACUGCGCGCUGCCAGGAGAGACCUUCUGCGAGACUCCGGAUCAUUAUCCACGCCGGCUCAUCAAGUUUCUCGUCGAUAAAUGCAGCUUCGACUUUAACACCGCAUUGCGGGACGAGUCUCACGAGGACUUCAAUACUUACAGUUCUCCUCCGGAUUACAGUCGAGGUUACGAUUAUCCCCGACAAAACAACGCCGGGUUGUUCGCGCAGGUCCCGUCGACGGAACAGCCACCCUCGAUGUAUGGACCGCCGACCAACGGUAGCUACAAUCACGGCUACAAGUACUCCGCGCCGCCACAGUCGCAGGGCAACCCCUUCUUACCGGGCGUGGUGUUCAAAUAUCACCGCAAUAUCCAACGACAGGUCGAACACACCUACCCGCAAGAUGCGUUUGGCCCGAAUCAGUCGUGGUUGACCAAUAGCUACUCACGGAGCGACAAAAUAGCGCCUCGAACUUACCGUGUAAAUCCCUUACUGGGCUACGCAAAAUCGAAGUCGAGCGGUCGCGUCAAGAGGCAGAUAAAAGCGGACGCUAUUGUCCUGUGCCCUACAGAGGGACAAUACAUCAUUCCUAGAGCGGCCCUAAACAAUCAAGGCAAUUGGAUGUACAUUGUCAAUCUUCCAGAGCAGAACAACAAACAUACGCAGCUUGUCAAGAGCGAAAAAUGCUUAAACGACGAAUGCAACGGUAUAUGCUCCAUUCCUACGGGCUACCGGAGCAGGUGUCAACAGCAGUACGUGCAAAAGAGACUGGUCGCGCUCGAGGGUAGCGGGAAUCGCCUUUACACAGACGUGUUCUGGUUCCCGCACGGCUGCACGUGCGAGAUCGUGCCGAAUUAUUGAGAAGCACGAAUUAUCGAGAAUUACGGCGAACUGUGUCGAUCGCAUAAACGACGGGCUCGUUUUCAAGGGUAAACCACUAGACGCACUUACGGCCAAUUAAUCGAAACGUUUUCCCCGCGAUUGAAACUCGACACUGAGAGCUGUAACGCAGAGCGCGCCUCGCAUCAACACCGAGAGCGAGAGAAAGAGAGAGAAAGAGAGGGUACCGAUAAUGUAGUGUUCUGUGAGCGACGAGUACCCUGGCGAGUUACGCGUGUGCGUUACCAGCGGUGUGUUAAAAGGCAGACGCGGAUGUGCGUUAUCAACGUAGCUACUGUAGUGCCACGCUAUAUCUUCAAUCGCGAGCGGCGUAAAUCUACUUGUUACAGGCGAUAUCGAAGCUGCGAAACACAGCACUUCGAGCGUUUCUGUCGACGAUAAACGCUGACGAAAGGAUCCUCCGACAAAAGAGGAAAAGGAGAGAGAGAGAGAGCUGCCACUGUUUCCGUUCGCAUAGCCCAUUUGGCGUUAAAUACAACGCACGACGAGGAACCUCUUACUUUAUUGACCGGAGUAACAGCGCGGAUCGCCUCGAUUGCGUUUUUCAUUGCACGAUUUCGUUGCACGGUCAUCGCGAGAACGACGAUUGUACGCUUAGUUUUGCCUUGAUAUCGUGGCCUUAUUGAUUUCUAGUUAUAGUUUCUUUUUAUUAUUAAUGCUACGUCUCUCUAGUUCACGUAAGAAAAGAAGAAUUUUACUCGGGAAUACAUCCCAUGAACGAGCGAAUCGUCCGACGAGACUGAGAAGGGACAGAGCGAGAGCCUCGUGUGUAUUGCAUGAUAAAAUUUAAAGAUGGAUAUUAUUUUGUAUGUAAACGUUAUUUAUAUAAAUGAAUAUAUAAGGAAAGAAGAUGAGAUGUAGCUAAGAAGCGCGGCGAUCGCCUAUCAGCGACGAUUAUUAUUUUUUUCAUUAUUAUUAUUGUUACAUACACGGAGAAAAAUGUUUUGCUGACGCAGCAAAUUGUCUAUCGCUAAUGAUAAAAAAAAUUUGUUUCCAAUAACAAAUCUUUAACAAGAUUUGUUAACAGUAUUAACUUGGUAAUUGUGCUAACUAGAUUUUAUUAUUGUCGCAACGAUGUUUUGCUACAACAGCAAAAUUAUUUUAGGGUAACAAAUCCUCUUGCUGUUAUUAUAGCAACAAACAAUUUGCAGUGACAGUAAAUUGUUUUCCAUAUAAGAGCCGACCGGACGAAUGUGCAGUCAUCUUGAUCGCGAAAAGAUGAAAU